AUGUAUCCCGGCUACUACGACGAAUAUUUUAAGGAAUCUUCCUUGGCGGUUUCUUGCAGCUACAGGUUGUACCUUAUAGGUGUCGUGUCACCGCCGCACCUCGGUGUUGCCCUUGCGCUUUCGAAUUACGUUGAUCCUGAAGGCAGGCCGACCCAGUGCGCUCACCCGGCACGCUACUCGCCAGAUGACAAGUUCUCUGAGCAAAGAGUCACCCUGAAGAUGCGAUUCAAUCUCCUCCCCACACAACAGCCCCCUAUUGCAUAUUAA